ACGGGAAGAGAAAGCGUGCACACGAGGUCGCGAGACAGGUGAAAAGUGGGAGAAGGCAAACACUGAGGCACAACGGAGUGGUCUGACUCUAAGCCACCGACGAAAGGUGACAGAAGAUCCACAGUAUCGUCUUUUCCCGUUCUUCUCAACCGGACUGGUCAGCGGGUACACUUGUAGAUUUCACAGGUUCCCCGAAAGAGUUUUUUCAGCCGGUGAAAGUUUCUUCAUUGUCUGCGUGUCGGAACACUUACCUUUUUCGCGGUCCCCAAAAAAGCUUUGAUCAAACCUGCGGGCAAAGUGUAGGAACGCGUACCCCUGUCUUGCUGCAGCCUUUCUCUCCGGGUUUUCGCACGGCAGUUGGUUUUUGGGGCGUCCCUGGAGAUGAGGGACGCUUCUGUGGACGUUGCUCCGCCUACUCCGAAUUCGAAUUGGCGAAUUUCCUUGGCGUAUGUGAAUGCCACUUGCGGUCGUCGGGAUGGCGGUUUUUGAGCAGGGAGGUGCUUCCGGAGGUCCGCGGCCCCUGGACGAGAUGUGUGAGCCGAGGGUUUUCCGGUCGCUUAAGACGGAAACACAAAAUGUUUCUCCCUCGGUCUUUGUCAAGGGACUGUUGACUCUUGAAGGUCACUUACGGACUUGUUUGACUUCUCUCAAAGACAGCUGCGGUGCCUGGACGCUGCCCGUGCUUUUCCUUUCGGGGGGCGUGUUCGGCGGCGUUGUCGCGUCCCUCACUUUUCGAGCUCGAAUGGCCGCUAUAAAAAACCAAGCCCGAAGCUCCGGGUGUUUCAGGGACGCCUCCUGUAUAGAAUCGAGGUUUUCUCCUCAUAUUCCUCCCGUUGCCAAGACAUCCCCCGUAGUAGCUCUACAGCAUGCAUCCUCGGAUGGUCUGCCCCUGUCCCAAGUGCCUGUGUCUUCUGUUUCGUCGCUACCACCUCGCCCUUCUGAACUCCUCUAUUCUUCGCUGACACGCACGGAACAAGAUCUGUGUCGCGUCGAAAGUCCGCUUUUUCAGGCUUCUUCAAAAGAGCAAGGAGACGGGACUCCGGCCGCGUGGUUGGGGGAAUCUGUUAGUCGCACUGUGCAGCUUCCUUCUGAAGAGCCUAGCGCGUCUUCUGCUGGAGGCGUAGUAGCAAGUAGCAGUGGAAAGAGUAGCGAGUGUCAGCAAAAAGCGGGCCGCAAGUCUGACGGCGAUUGCCAGCUUCACGUGGUCCCUGAAACAGCGGCAAAUCCGUAUGCAGUGCUAAUGCACGAACAGCGGAGGAACAAAAGAGGAUGGAGCAGUGCUUUUGAUGAUGAAGACGACUGCGAAGGAAACCAGACAGGAGCGUGUCCACGUCCCACAGAACUUUUCACCAUUUCCGAACUCGCUCAGCUCUUCCUUCUCCCUGCUGCAGCGCUGACGGUGGCUCUGGGAUGCACGUGGACUUGGAUGAAAAAGUCGUGUAAUCUAGCGGAUGCCAACGAUGUUUUUCAAACCGCCAUGUGGAUCAAAGGCGUUGGAGCUCCUCCUGCGGCUGUCACCCAGCAGAUUGCUAAAAGAAAAGAAGGAUGCUCUCCGCAGGACUAG